AUGAACAUUGAAUGGUAUGUUGGAGUUGUCCACUUUACCGGUGCUACACCAUCACGCGAAUUUAAGUUCACCACGCUCACCCCAAUUGAAGAUGUGCGUGAAAUAUUGCAGGAACUUUUACCUUAUAACGACAAUCGCAAAGUUGUGAAGAUCGAGUAUCGCUCACCAUCUGUUGAUAAAGAUGGGAAGCUUGUGUUCAUCAACUAUGAGCUGAAGAACGACGUUGAUAUGCAGGCUAUGUGGAAUACUUUUACCAAUUUUGAGGAGAAAGUUCUGAUCGAGGUAAAUGCGACUAUUUCAAGAUCGACCGAUGAUAUUAUCAUGAUGUUGCAAUGUCCACGUGGACGUUGA